AUGGCUGAGGGCAGUAUUUCUGCAGGUAAGCUUUCAAUGGAUCAGUUCAUCUGUCCAGUGUGUCUGGAUCUCCUGAAGGAUCCGGUGACUAUCCCCUGUGGCCGCAGUUUCUGUAAGGUGUGUAUUAAUGGCUAUUGGAAUCAGGAGGAUCAAAAGGGCGUCUACAGCUGUCCUCAGUGCAGAGACACUUUCACUCCUAGGCCUGUUCUACGCAGAAACAACAAGCUGGAUAAAGUAGUGAAAGAUUUGAAGAAGACUGAAGUUCAAGUUGCUUCUCCUGCUCACUGUUAUGCUGGACCUGGAGAUGUGGAGUGUGAUUUCUGUGAUUCCGAGAGUAAAUGCAAAGCUGUCAAGUCCUGUCUGAUCUGUCUGGUUUCUCUUUGUGAAAUUCAUUUCAAACCACAUCUAAAAGCUCCUCUUUUGAAAGAACACGAAGUAACUGAAACUUCAGCAAAAUUCCAAGAGAUGAUCUGCUCUGAACAUAAAAAACUGAAUAAGAUCUACUGCCGUACUGAUCAAACCUGCAUCUGUUAUUCAUGUAAGAUGGAUAAUCACAAAGAACACAACACCGUCACAGCCACAGCAGAAAAAGCUGAUAAACAGCAAAGAAUCCAGCAGAGAAUUCAGGAGAAGCAGAAGAAGGUGCAGGAGCUGAAACAGGCUGUGAACACUAUAAAGCUGAGUGCACAGACAGCAGUGGAGGACAGUGAGAGGAUCUUUACUGAGCUGAUCAGCUCCAUGGAGAAAAAGCGCUCGGAGGUGACGGAGCUGAUCAGAGCUCAGGAGAAGACUGAACUGAGUCGAGCUGAACGACUCCUGGAGCAACUGGAGCAGGAGAUUGCUGAUCUUCAGAGGAGACUCACUGAGCUGGAGCAGCUUUCACACACACACGAUCACAUCCAGUUCCGCUUUAUCUUCUGGACAUAG